AUGUAUGUGGAUUCUGAUGUUGAUAUGAACGUGGGUGCUUAUACAAACAUGGACUUGGAUGCUUAUACAAAAGUAGAUGCUUAUAUGAAGGGAGAAGACAAUCAUCUUACUGGCUUAUUUUGGAUGCGACCAUCACAAAUUGAUUUAUGGAGAAGGUUUUAUAAUGUUGCAAUCAAUGAUAAUAUGACUUAA